AUGGACGGUGAUUUGGGAGGUGAGGAUGAAGAGAAGCAGGUCGUUGAAGCGGUGAAAGAUCCAAAUGCGUCGCGCGAGUCCCAUAAGGCACAAAGAGCUUUAUUGGAGCAACGUCGUGCAGCAAAACCCCACUCCGAGCUUCUUGCCGAAGCCAAAAGGGCAUGGCGACUCGCCCAUCAGAAAAGCAUAUCAAAAGCCGAGCGCAUGGAGCACAUCCAUGCACUCAUGAACGUCAUCCGUGGAAAUGUGAAAGAUAUUGUCUUCAAGCACGACGCAAGCAGGAUCGUACAGACGAUAGUGCGAUACGGAGGAGAGAAGGAGCGGAAUGAGGUUGCGGCGGAGCUGCAAGGACAUUACAAGGAACUCGCGCAAAGCAAGUAUUCUAAGUUCCUCGUCUCGAAGCUAAUCCGAUUAUGCCCCUCGCGCCGAGCCGCUAUUUUACGGGAAUUCCACGGACAUGUUCUACGGUUACUCCUACAUAGGGAAGCGUCGAGCGUACUUGCUGAUGCAUUUGAGCUGCACGCAAACGCAUAUGAGAGGUCACUUCUCCUGCGAGAUUUUUACGGCAAGGAAGCCAGUCUGUUCACGGUAACAGCUGGGAGCGAGGGCGAGAAGGAGCGUUCAAAAAUGGGUUUUAAGGGCCUGUUUGACAGUGCAGAAGGCGAACGGAGAAAAAGGCUCAUGAUGACCCUCAAGGACAACUUGGUGAGGAUACUCAAUAAUCCUGACAAGGGUGCUGUGUCUCAUGCAAUUGUCCAUCGUGCCCUUUGGGAGUACCUCUCCGCGAUAAACGACGUACAGGACGAAGGGGAACAAGAAAAGCUCCGAAGAGAGAUUUUCGACGGUUGUCAAGAGGUCUUGGCUGAAAUGGUACACACGAAAGACGGAAGCCUGGUUGUCAGAGAAUUCAUUGCGUAUGGCACAGCAAAAGACCGAAAGCAAAUAAUCAAAACCAUCAAGCCGCAUGUAGAACGCAUGUGCCAAGAUGACGAAGCCCAGCUUGUGCUCUUCACUGCUCUCGACGUCAUUGACGACACGAAACUUACCGCUAAAUCCCUCGUCGCGGACAUAGCUUCCGCUGCGUCCUCCUUACAUGCAUCACCCCAAGGACGGCGGUCUCUCCUUUAUCUGGUGGCGCCGCGAACAAAACGCCAUUUCAUGCCUGCCCAGAUUGCGACAUUAGCAGAGACAGAUCUUGUUCGCUCGCGGACAAGUAAAAAGGAUGGCGCGGUGCGCAGCGCGGAAAUAAAUCGGGCUGCUAGCGAUUUACUCUUGCAGUGGGUUGCUGAUAAUGGCGCACAAGUGUCAAAAGACACAGGCGGAUCUCUAGUUGUAUGCGAGAUCAUGCUGUAUGCUGAGGGUGAUAAAUCCGCUGCAUCGGACGCACUACUACAAGCCCUGAAUGUACCUUCCAGCGCCGCGUCGCCACAUCCCAUCUCACUUCCACAUACAUCUCGCCUUUACAAGAUGCUCCUGCAGGGCGGACACUACUCACAAGUAAUGGGAGCUAUCGAACCCGCCCCAUUGUGGUCCGCCCGCGCCUUCGCCUUGCGCUUCAUGCAACUUGUUGAUCGCGAUACCGCGCUAGAAAUGGCCCGGGGGGAGGGCGCGUUUGUAAUAAACGCGCUAUGUGAACAAUUGGCCAGCGGAGAGGAGUGCGAAGAGAGGAACACAUUCAAGAACUGGUUUGGGAAGAGUAUACGGAAGGAGAUCAAAGAAUCCGCAGGGAAGGGUUCUGCGGUAUUGUUGCAGAGCCUGGAGACGCUUGGAUGA